AUGGCUUCAGCCAAACAGGAUCUCGAGAUCAACAUUCCCACGGCGCAGAUGAAGAAGUCGAAUUCGGAGAUUAAAAAAGAAGCCAGGCUUAGAAUCCAUAAGGCCAACAUCGAUUGGCUGAACAAAGAGUGGAAAGGGCCAAACUGGUUCCCUACCGAUCUGCUGCGGCCUUCCAAACCUUGCCGUAGUGUUGUCCGUGGCCUGAAGAACAUCACCGAGGAAGCCAUGAUCAAAAACAUUCCGUUGCCUUCUCUCUGGGAAUCUGGAGGAUACCUCAGGAAUGUCGUCGAUCAAGACAUGGCCACCAGGAAAGCGGGACGUAACCGAAAACACAAGCAUCCACAAUCUGGACGCCUUACCAAGAAAAUGGUGAACCACGCACGCAAGAACAUGAGUUCGUCGAAGGCGGAGAAGGGUAAUGAUUGCAUUUCGUCCCCGGGUUCCACGACAGGUGAUGACUCUGAAGUAGAAGCACCCGAGAAAAGUAGCACCGCUUCGCGAUUGAGUUCUUCUGCUCUCGAUUCGUCAGCCAAGCAACGACUCCCAUCGGCACUCCACGAUACGAUAGCGCCCAUGGAAGAUGAAUUACGAGAUCCACCACAAGUCAAGAAGCGAGCCCUCGAAGACGAUGAAGACAAGACUUCGAACUCGACUCGAAAUACGAACCCUCAAGUCACCAUCGAUGAAGUUCUCGGGAAGCUCAGUUCUGAUCGAAUAGAAACUGCCCGCCGCAUACUGGACAUCGAACUUGAUACCGUCCUCUCAGUUAAAAGAGGUGCUGAGCAAGCACUGAUGGACAUCUUGCAUCGCGACUGCUCUGUGGCAGUAACCCAAGCUGAAAGAGUCCAAGCUCGUAAUCGAAAGCAAGAAGCCGACAAGGCAUUUCGCCAAACUGACGAGAGACUCCAUGGACCGAGUCAAACUCUAGCCGCGGUGAGCAACCUCAAGAAGACCUUCGAUGCAUGUGCCCUACGAGCUCUCAAGCUCGAGAAUGCUGAAAGAAUGGUGAAAACGUGCAAGGAGAGACUGCAUAAGGCGCAUAUGAACCACGAAGCGGCUCUGAAAUCCAACCCGAUUGACGAUUGUGACUUGGAAGCAGUCUGGGAUAUGUUCAAGGGGGAUGAUGACGAUGAAAACGACUUCCAGUAA